AUGUCUUCGAUGACGUUCGACGGAGAAGCGCCCGAGACCGAUGACGAAUUGGAAAACGAAGCAGACGAAGAAGAGCAGCCACGGAAAACGGCGGAGGAAAUGAAAAACGAAGAGAAAAAGUGGGACAUUUCCGGAAGAAUCUUCUUGGAUAAUCUUGACGUUUUCAGAGAUGUUUCAAUCGAUAAAAAUCUGAAAAAGCGAUGGAGUAAGGCUGCGGCGGACACGAUCAAUACGUGCCAGAAACGGAUUUCGACGCAGGAGAAAACGAUGCAGAAAGUGACCGAAUCGGCCGCCGAUUGCUUCACUUCAAUGCAGGUUCGAAAGACAUUUUAGCAAAUAUAAAAGUACAAAAAUUGUGUUCAGAACGUGGCGGCUAAACUGAAUAAUGUGCACUCGAACGUGGCGAGAUUGGAGGAUUCGGUGGCCGAUUUGAUCGACGCGUCGCGGCUCAUACCCUCUCGAAUUUCUGAAUUCAAAUUGAACAUUUUCGAAUUUCUGUAA